CAUUAUUAAGGAGCUGAUUGCAUUCCACGAAACAUUGCUUGCUCGUUAUCAAACCAGUCGACACCAGACCCAGAAAAUUAUUUUGGAUACAAAAGGUUUGUUGGAAAGGCCCGGAUAACGUUACUUACCGCCAGACGAAACUUGUUAUCAAGAAAAAUGAAGGCGUUCAUUGCAAUCGUGUUUAUUGCUGCAUUUAUCGAUUUCGGGAAUGCAAUCAGUUGUUACGAAUGCGCUGGAACUGGGAGUUCGGCUUGCGGUGACCCAUUUUCAGGGAGUAGUUCAGUGGAGAAGACCGAUUGCUCAUCCUCAAUAUUAUACGACGACAUGUGCUGGAAAGCGACAACCUCAAGUGGUCUAAUCAGCCGUUCCUGCUCGGCGUUCGGUAUCUGCAGUCUCGUUGGGAAUGGCUGUGAGACUGGCGGAGGCGAAAGCGUUUGCUGCUGCAGUGGUAACCUGUGCAACUCUGCAAGUACAACUGGGAUUAGCUACGUUACCUUCGCCUCUCUGAUCAUUGCUAGUUUCCUCGGUAUGAUGUAAAAACUUCUAACAAAACCGAGCAAGAGUCAUGACCUUGUGCUCCUUAAUCAUCUUUUAAAAGCACUGGGGUGGGUUUCACAAAGGUAGUCCUAACAAUGCUAAGAGAUAGGACCAGUCCUAAGUUAGGAUGAGUUAGGACA